ACGUGCCUGUCUAUUUGUCCAUUUGUGGACGCUAAACAAGCGGAAAAGAUCCACAGUCUGAAGCUCUCACUUUGAAAUUGGCACGAUGGAUGCAGCAGAGUUUCGGCGCAGAGGGAGGGAGAUGGUGGACUAUGUGGCCGACUACCUGGAGAACAUCGAGGAGCGUCCGGUCAGCUCAGACGUGGAACCGGGGUAUCUUCGUUCCUUGAUCCCCACUGAGGCCCCACUGGAGCCUGAUAAUUAUGAUGACAUUAUCAAAGAUGUGGAGAGGGUCAUAAUGCCAGGGAUCACCCACUGGAACAGUCCAUACUUUUAUGCCUACUUUCCAGCUUCUAACUCUUACCCUGCCAUGUUGGCUGACAUGCUAUGUGGAGGCCUUGGCUGUAUUGGAUUCACCUGGGCUGCCAGCCCAGCCUGUACAGAGUUGGAGACAGUGAUGUUAGAUUGGCUGGGGAAGAUGCUAAAGCUGCCGGACCAUUUCAUAGCCGGGACUCAUGGCCGCGGAGGAGGUGUCAUCCAGGGAACAGCCAGUGAGGCAACCCUGAUGGCCUUGCUCGCUGCCCGCUGUAAAACACUCAGAAGGAUUCGAGCCGCCAACUCCGAAUUAUCAGAAGGUGAAAUCCGAUCCAAACUGGUGGCGUACACCUCUGAGCAAGCUCAUUCCUCAGUGGAGCGUGCUUCUCUUAUUGGAGACGUGACCAUGAGGAUGGUUCCCACAGAUAGCACCUAUGCUGUCAGAGGAAGCAUGCUUAAGAAGAUGCUGGAGGAGGACAAAGCAGCUGGACUCAUCCCUUUCUACUUCUGUGCGACCCUUGGUACCACGGCAUCCUGUGCUUUUGACAAUAUUACCGAACUGGGGCCAAUCUGUAAUAAGGAACAUGUGUGGAUGCACAUUGAUGCAGCAUAUGCAGGGAGUGCAUUCAUCUGUCCUGAAUUCCGGCCUUUGUUGAAUGGCAUUGAGUUUGCAGACUCUUUCAACUUCAACCCACACAAAUGGCUUUUAGUCAACUUUGACUGCUCUACAAUGUGGGUGAAGAAGAGAGAGGACAUCAUUGGAGCCUUCAAUGUGGACCCACUCUACCUGAAACACGAAAACCAGGAGUCAGGGAUUAUCACAGAUUAUAGGCAUUGGCAGAUUCCACUCGGAAGAAGAUUUCGCUCACUAAAGAUGUGGUUUGUCUUCCGUUCCUAUGGAAUCCAAGGCCUGCAGGCUUAUAUACGCAAGCAAGUGGCCCUGGCCAAAGAAUUUGAGAGUCUCGUGCGAGCGGACAAGAGGUUUGAGAUCUGUGCCGAGGUCGUCAUGGGACUGGUUUGCUUCAGACUCAAGGGCUCCAAUGAUUUGAACCAGCUCCUGCUAAAAAGGAUCACCAAUAGCAGAGAGAUCCACCUGGUGCCUUGCCAGCUCUCCGGCGUCUUUGUCCUGCGCUUCGCCAUCUGCGCACGCAGCACCGACUCGAGACACAUCCAACAUGCAUGGAGGCACAUCACGCAGCUGUCCUGUGAGCUGUUGCAAGAGAAUCAUUGACCAAAAGGCUGGAAAGGGGCUGUCCACCCUAAUGCAAAAAGUAGGACCGAUGUGAGGACACCAACUCAGAGUUCCAUGUUGUAAAUGUCAAAUGUCAUAAAGGGAAUGAACAAGCAGCAGCAAGGUAUCUUUCUGUCCGCAGCCAUGUUAUAGUAAACAGUGGUCAUUAUCUUGUUGGGUCAAUGCGUGUGAAAAUAUCUUGUUACAAAACGUAUAUGAAAAGAAAAGAAUGCAGGUU